CCCGCCCGCGUCCGCCUAUCUUCACAUCUACAUGCCUCCCUCCCGCCUGUCCGUCUACUCUCUUCCUCUAUAUCUUUCAUACCUUUCGUUAUCAACUGGGAUGACCGAUCCCUGUCCUUGACCACCCUUGUUCUGCGUCAAGCAGAGUCCGAGUACCGACCUACACCAUUCAUUGUCCGUCGCUUUGGACCGAAUAAAGCACACAUCAUUUCUUCUGUUCCUCGAGGCGCCCCUCGUGGUUGAUUCGACCUAUCCCAAAUUUCUAUUCAUACGGCAGUGUAACUCCGUCGCUACCUACCGUCUCACACAUCGCCUACCGUCUCGCACCACGGCAGAAACUGUACACUCCGCAAUGCCGUAGAAUUGCCCGCUGACUGCAAUGGCUGGUUCUUCGCCCACUACCCGCAAAUCGAAUCAAUGGUCCAGCCCCGACCGCAGUCGUUCGUCGAGCCUGUUCUCCGGGGACCGAAAUACAGAGCUCAGCCACCAAGAUGCCCUCACCGCAGCGCAAGUCGAGCAUGAGCGCGUUCGCGCGGCCGCCAUCAGGGUCUACCACGACCAUGAGUUACAGGAGGAGCAUAGAAGGAUCCUAGCAGAGCAUCAGAGAGUGAUAGAGCGGCAGAGGAAGGAGGAGGAGCGGAUCCGGUCCGAGGAACGGCUGCGAGCAGAACAGGAGCGUCUGAGAGCUCUCAAAGCGAAGAUCGUCCCCAAGCUACCGCCGGAACCGCCUACCCCCGUCACUGAAGCAGCCGGUCCCGCUGUUCCUCGCAUGCAGCCUCAGCCCGUCUCAACUGGACGUUCGCAAACGAUACCUAGCGUAAAGCCUUCUCCCUUCCUUCAGCAACCUCCAGCCUCCCUCAAGGGGGCGCCCGGACAAGCCAACGGCAUUAGCGGCGGCGUCAAACCUCAGCAACCCUCUUCCUCGAAUCCCUUUAGCUCCUUCAAACCCGUGCCCGAGGGGCAACCAUCAAGAACGCCAUCCACCUUCGCACAAGCCCCAAAAACGGCUACCCCUCGGUCGGAUGGAGUGUUCGUUGGGUCCAUUAGGACAGGCCCAGCGAUUACUAACGUUGAUCGAUACAUCGAAAUACACGAAAACCUCAAGAAUCUGCGGGCUUCGCUGGUGCAGCAGUCAAAAGUGUCACCGUUCUUGAAGCAACGCUUGGGAGAUAUGAGACGAGAACUGCGGAAGAACAUGGGCCAGCUAGUGGGCGAGAAGGGUGGAAAUAAGAAACAGGUUGUGACCAUCCAGACGUUGCUCAACGAGUCGCUGAGCGGGGCUGUCCCAAGCGAACCAGUUGACCCUUCGCUCUUCAUCACGGAUAAGCGAGAUCCUGUCGAUGGCGCUGUGCAUAACGAAGCCCAGCUUCCGUCCUUGUUCAUCUACCUCCUAAAUCACUUCGCCAAAGCCGUCAUCAACCAAUUCAUCAGCGAAUGUGGAGCGCAACCCAAGACAGCGGACCCGAUCGGAGUCGUGACUGCUAUGGUAUUCUCCAAUAAAGCGUAUCUGUGGCGCGGUAAGUCAUUGAUCGACAUACUGAUGGCCAAGUUCCGCGUCGUCUGCCCCGUCCUCUUCGGUUACCGUGGUAGCGAGAAGACGGAACAGGGCCGUCUGCGCCUAGGCUGGAAAAGGACCGCAUCGGGAUGGGCCCCCGAGCAGCAGCACGCCGACCGGAUGAAGGGCCUAGGCGUGGGCUACGCCGCGAUCACGCUGAGGGAUUUCUCGAAAUCCCCCAACACGAACCCGUGGCCGCCGUCGAAGUACUGGGCCUGCCUGGCGCGAAUAGUGAACACCCCCCCGGCCGAGAUCUCGAACACGCAGUGCAUCGUUCUCCGCGCCAUGAUCGAGAUCUACGAGGAGAGAUUCAUCCACUUCUACGGGAGCGCGGCUAUAGCCGCGCUGAGGAAGGCGCUGGUGGAGUUCCCCAGCAAGGCCGAGAUCAAGACCCCGGGCGUCUCCGGCCUGCAGGUGCUGGCGCAGAUAUUGAAGCGGGAUUUGGGACUGGAAUUAUAGAUGACGAUCUGUAUAAUAAGUGAAGAUUCUCGGUCACGAUUAUUCGGUCACGGUGCGAAACGAAUCUGGGACCUGGUAUAGAAAGAGGAAGAGGGUGGGAGCAUGAGAAGGGGUUUCCUCUCUCCUUUAAAAAAACAACCCUCCCUGUUUU